AUGGUAGUCAAUGAUUCAGUCUUCGUCGUCGAUGGCACUGUUCUCACGGUAGCGGGAGCUGACUCGAACGCCGUCAUCAAUGGAAACGCGGGGACACGACUCUUUACUGUUGUGAACGCUGCGCUGCACGUGAGCGGGGUAAAUAUCAGCUUGGGUGCCAGCGUUGCGGGUGAGGCCAUAGCUGCCGCGGGAUCCACCCAGACGUUUGAUCGGGCGAACUUUGUUAGACAUGGUGCCACAGCCCUCGGGGGAGUCGUGUUUGUGUCCGAUGGCUCGAACGCGUCGUGUGUCGGGGCUGGUACCUUUGCCGACAAUUCGGCCAGUAUUGAUGGUGGCGCAGUGUACGCCAGUGGGGGAUCGACGAUUUCGUGCGGCGCUUCAUGGCUCAACAACGUGGCUGGUGAUAUCGGGGGCACCAUAAGGGUUCUUGGAGGGUCCACCAUUUCAUGGGACGAGGAGCCUCUCUUCGCCUACAGUACUGCCGCAAGAGCAGGAGGCGCGUUGAGCGUCAACAACGAAUCGAGCGUGUCCUGGAAUGCUGCAACGGGAUUCAAUUCCAACACCGCCGGGUUGGUGGGAGCGAGGUCACGACGUUUGUUCGCAAUUCCGCUGCGGACAGCGGUGGUGCUCUCGCUUUAUCUUACAGUUCGAAGACUUCCUCGAGCGGUGUCACCACGUAUCUGGGGAAUGAAGCCGGGAAUGCUUGGGGCGCCAUGUAUGUCGAAGACCGCUCGAACGUUUCGUGGAGCGGGACGACCAAGAGCGACUUCGACGAGAACCUAG